GUUGGAGGUACAUCUAGGGGCGACCAUGCUGUUUCACCGGCAACCAUCCACGAAAGAAACCGCAUGCGCAAGCAACAACUUUCCUUGAAACCCAUAGCUCCUGGGCGCCUGUCGCCGACGGCAAUCUUUGCAAGACUGCAAUAUGCCCGGCCUGCCUUCAUCUGUCGACCUUGAUCAAUGUAUAGAAAGCCUCUACAAGAAGAAUCUCCUUGCAGAAUCCGUUAUCGAAGCCAUAUGUGCCAAAACAAAGGAACUUUUGAUGCAAGAGAGCAACGUUGUGCAUGUGCAAGCACCUGUCACAGUAGUUGGAGAUAUCCAUGGCCAGUUCUUUGAUCUGAUCGAGAUCUUCAAGAUAGGAGGAUGGUGCCCAGAUACGAAUUACCUUUUCCUAGGCGACUAUGUCGAUCGAGGCAUGUUUAGCGUCGAAACUAUUUCUCUUCUUGUUUGUCUAAAGCUUCGAUACCCUCAUCGCGUGCAUUUGAUUCGUGGGAACCAUGAAUCGAGAGGAGUUACGCAGUCAUACGGUUUCUAUACGGAAUGCUCGAGGAAGUAUGGAAAUGCAAAUGUUUGGCACUACUUUACGGAUAUGUUCGAUUUUCUUACACUGAGUGUUGUCAUCAAUGACCAGAUAUUCUGCGUUCAUGGAGGUCUAUCACCUUCUAUCCAUUCAAUCGAUCAAAUCAAAAUAAUAGAUCGCUUCCGCGAAAUUCCCCACGAAGGACCGAUGGCGGACCUUGUCUGGUCUGAUCCCGACCCCGAGCGAGACGAAUUCUCCCUUUCUCCACGAGGAGCAGGUUAUACCUUUGGUGCCCAAGUCGUCAAGAAGUUCCUGGAAGUAAACAACAUGUCACACAUCCUAAGGGCCCAUCAGCUCUGCCAAGAAGGAUAUCAAGUGCUAUAUGAUGAUCGUUUAAGCACAGUUUGGAGCGCUCCAAAUUACUGCUACAGAUGUGGGAAUAUGGCUAGUGUACUUGAAGUCAGUGAUAUGGGGGAGAGGUUCUUCAAUGUAUUUGCAGCGGCGCCGGAGAAUGAUCUUCACAAGGGAGAUGCCCAGCAGGGUGGACAGGAUAAGAUCGCGGAUGGCAGUACUCUGCCUGAUUACUUCUUGUAAUUACUGGAAAGGAGCGAAGACGAAGAUAAAGUCUUCCUUGUGAU